GGCUUUUCUUUAAUCUGUCGACGAGCAUGCCCGCUGAAACCUACAAGAAGCCGUCGCCCGGAGCACGGGCGUAGACAGAACUGCACCUGCACCCCCUAUAAGACGAGGCCUCCCUCCCUGUCCCAAGCUCGAUCGAUUCCAAAGCCAGCCAGCCACCGACCGAGCGACAAAUAAUGGAGGGGCUCAUCCCGUUCGUCUACAAGGCCAUCAAGGAGCGGCGCACCCGGAGCUACUCCAGGUGCGGCUCGGCGCGCGGCGCCGCCGUCGCGGACGAGGAAGACGUCUGGGAGCAGCAGAAGCAGCAGUGGGCGGCGGCGGACGGCGCGGGGAGGGAGGCGGGGCACUGGCGGCACCGGUCGCUGGAGGAGCUGGCCGGCGAGGUGGGCUCCGCGGCGCCCGAGUGGCCGGCCCGCGGGGCGAUGCGCAGGGGCCGGAGCGCCAGGAUCUUCUCCUGCAUCGGCGGCAUGUAAUCAACCUCGAUCCCAGCGUGCGUGCGUGCGUCGGCCGUCGGGGUGUGUAGUACGUAUGAAUGGUACGUGGAAGCCUACGCGCGUAAUUAAGUGCUUGAUUUUGCUGCUUUAGCUGCUUAUAAUUAGUUGUGCCUGUAAGGCAAGGUUCAGGGUGGUCUGAAGAGUAGAAGGGAGUUCAUGCAGUGCGCGCGUGUUGUGUGUACUCCAACCAAAGUGUAUAUACAGUGCUUGGAUUUUAUGAAGAUGACGAUGUAAAUGGUGGUGCAUGUUUGUCUCUCAA